AUGCAGGUUGCCCAAUAUGAAAGCGAAUCGUCUGGUGAAGAAACUCAGGAAAAACAUACGAAUGUUAUUGGAAAAGCCAAGAGAAGACCAGAGUCGAAGUUUUGGAUUGAAGAAGCUACUUAUAAUCAUUCCAGCGAAGUAGAAGCAUUGAUCAAAGAUGACUGGUCGAAACACUAUGUGAACUAUACUGAACGCGGCCGAAAAGUUAAACAGGCCGUUGCUGAAUUAUACAGUGAUGGCGUGACGAAGCCCAGGCAAAUAAUGCGAGCUUUAGAGGCGAGGAAAAUGAAGACACCAACGUAUGGGCAACUGAAUAGUUAUCUUGUUCAUUUGAGAAAGAAGAAAUAUGGCUCACAUCAAAUAAGUCUUGGUGAAUUGGAACAAUGGUGUCAAGCAAAUGAAAGUAUUCCAACCACUGAAGAUACAGCUUUUGUUGUAUCAUACGAGAUAAAAUACGAUGACGAAGACGACGAGGACGUUGAAGAUUAUCAAGGUAGUCGAUUUCGUAUAUUCAUUUCUUUUCUGCGUCUGCUCAGUAUUACGUUGUUAUCGUCACAUAUCAAUGCGGAUGCUACGUAUAAAUUAGUUUGGCAAGGCUUUCCUGUACUUGUAGUUGCCACAACCGAUCUGAAGAUAUCAUUUCACCCGUUCGGAUUAGCAAUAUGUUCAAAUGAAAAAACGAAAGACUUCGAGUUUAUUUUCAAAAGAAUUCAGCUUGGACUGGUUAAUACUAACAAAGGUCUAUUCAAACCAACAGCAUUGGUCUCUGAUGCUGCAGAUGCAAUUAAGAACGGUUUUAGAAAGGUAUUUGACCAUCCUUAUGACGAAAUAAUGUGUUGA